AUGGCUUUCAAAAUUGUCUCACUCGCAAUUUAUCCCCAGCCCUCAACUUCAAGACAAACUCUUAAAUUGACGGUGCUGAGUGGCCUGCUCAAGUUAUUCCGAAGCGGUGACACGGAGAAUUCUUUCCAUUGGGCCUGGGAUACUGUGUUUCACGCGGUGCUGGAUUUCGUGUUCGCACUAGGAAGCAUUAACCGGGACUCGAACGACGGCUCUCAUGACUUUUUGUUCAUCUUGAGGGACGUUUGUAUUUUUCGCGGUGAAGAAGAAGCACCCGGUGUUAGUCUCAGUGUGCCGAGUAACGAGCUCACGGACAAAUUUGCAUGGAACUAUGGUAGCGUACCGUACUUGUUUGGGUAUUCUGCGUCGGGGUACAAGACUCAGGCCGCUUCGAUUUCGGGGAGUAUUCGCCGUCCAGGUGGAGUUGUUGUCCGACUUUACCCAGCAUUCGUUACAAAGUAUUAUCCCGAUGGAGCCAUUCUGCUUCAUCUGAAACGCGUGUACGGUGUUUUGGUGGAAGCCAAUGUGGCCAACGUCGAUCGGCUUACGGCGCCGAGUUCGCGAAAGAAUACAGCCACCUUUGAGCCUCGUGGCGCAAUGGUCGCACCACGUGACUUGCUCCCACUGUUUGCAGCCUUAAGGGAUGUUCUGCAAACGCUGGUGGCUCUGCAUCGUUUAGGGUGGAUUCACCGUGACAUUGGCUGGUCGAACGUGCUCAAGCACAAAGAUCGGGAUUCUUGGUUUUUGAUCGAUUUCGUCGAUUCGGCCACCAGUCCGCGUAGUCGCGAAUGCCUGAGCGUAGAAGAACACGCUCCCGAGAUGUUCGUUGAUAACAGCUUCCACACAACUGCUGUCGAUAUCUGGGCAAAGAGCGUUUCACAGGCGGUUAAUGCAGCAAGACCCGGCAGCGAUUUAAUGCAGCAAGACCCGGCAGCGAGACCCAACGCAGAAGAGGCAUUACGCGAGUUGUUAGGGCUUCAAGAGGAAACGUUUCGUGAUUUUGAGAAAAAAGUGCUAGCGAUAGCAUUCAAAAUGAUGAAUGUUACUUUUGCUACUCUGAAGGACUACAAUACCCAACAAUUAACUUGUCCUUAA